AUGUCUAGAGUCACGGCGUUAUGCGUCGGUGAUCACCCUGACCCCAAUUUCAAGAGAGAAGGACCUUUCCGUUACUUCGACCUCCCCACUGAGGUCCGCGAUCAGAUCUUGAGGCUGCUGCUAGUUCGUGAAAAUGUUGCACUGGGUAGGGAAAAGUCCAUUCGGAAUCGUUUUAGCGGUUGGAGUCACGAGAAACCGAUGUGGCAACUACUCAGGGUGAACGGUCAACUGCGGGCUGAAGCUAGAGCUGUCCUCUUCUCACAAAGGAACAAUACAUUCUAUUUUCCAAUCGGCGGCACUUUGACAGGUGUUGCGUGGUGGUAUAUGUUAGGGCGUCCUUCUCCUCACAUCCAGGCUGUUCCGCCCCCAAUCAGGAAGCUGGAUUGUGCAUUUGAUAUGCGCGACUUUGAAGAGACCACUUUCAACAUGUUCGAGGGGACGAAACGGGACUACGAUGAUGAAAUGGCUCCUGGGGAUGUUCCCUUCGAGCGACUUCCACCAUUCGAGCGAUUGGAUCUUAUACAUGACAGCUACCGGUCCAACAUGUUGAGAGUAUGGCGCGGGAUCGCUGAGGCUUUUUGCAUGAUGAAAUUGUACCUGCUCCGACUAGACGUCAGCAAAGCCCAUUGCCCUCUCGGAUGCUGCCGACUCGUAGAAGAAGCUGUGGGGUUCGUGAAAGACUUUCGCCAUCGUCGAAGGCCAUACCCCAAGCGGAUCGAAAUACUAGGGGCGUUGGAUCAUGAGAAGGGAAGUCUGAAGAAGUUCAUCGAGGAUCGUAAUCUCAUACCAAAAGAUCGCUAUUUCUUCGUUGACACACCGGGCUGCAAAUGCCGCACGGAUCCUGAAACUUGCUGUAACGCUUGA